UUGAGUCAUUGCAGGGUGCCGCCUUGGAUCCGGCUGGAUGCACCACACUCCAAUGCAAAGUAGCUUCUUGGCCUUAGAGAUCGAAGCUUCUCAUGCCGCCAGGAACUUUGGGCUCCUCCCGCAAGACACACAGGUAUGGAAAGCUUGUAGUCCGGUAGCCACUUCCAGCACAAGGCAAAGCUGUAGACGUCCAGUUUGUCACUCACUUUCAUCUGCAACCAUUCCGGAGCCUCAUUGGCAUGACAUCGCUUAGAUCUCCUUGCUCUACCAUCCUCCACCUCGACAGUCCAACGUCUGCUAUCUUGACACCAAAGUUCUCAGCCAGGAGUGUGUUUUGGGGAUUGAUAGCCAAGUGGAGGACUCUAGUGCUGCAUUCCUCAUGGAGGAAGCAAAUUCCACGAGCAAUCUCUCGACUAUCCUGAAUCUCGUGUCCCAGUUGUGCUCUUCUCGCGACUUGUAGAUCUACUUGUCUAGGGAUCCGUACUUGUAAACCAGGAAGUGGUGUGAUUCCUGGGCAUUGGGAUUUUUCGGCGCUGGGAUUUUUCCGGGGCUUGGAUCUCGAGGGCGUGGCACCGGAUUCCAUCAGCUUCGUGAGCGUUCUCGAUGCCAUUGCCGGGAUCGAGGAGCUGGAUAGAGAUCUGGCAAGGGCGAUUGCCAUGGAAGCAAUCCAGCUGGGAAUUCACACCCAGAUCGCUGUCGGGACGGCGCUCGUUGUGGUUUAUGGAAAGAUUGGCGAGGCCGAGAGCGCGGAGCAUUUCUUUGAUCGGAUCAUUGGCAGGAAUGCGAUAUGCUGGAACACCAUGCUGUCCGCGUAUGCCCAAUCAGGGAAUCUUUGCAAAGCGCGAGAGUUCUUCGACCGAAUGCCUUACGUUGAUGUGAUCUCCUGGACGACGAUAAUUGAUGCCACAUCUCGCCAUGAACGGCCUCAGGAGGCAAAGGAUCUCUUUGAUUGCAUGAAACAAAGAGAUUUGGCUGUCUGGAACGCUCUACUUUCAGCAUUUGCCAAAAAGGGGCAUGUUUUGGAGUCUAUAGAUUUGUAUGAAAGACUCCCAGCCCACGAUCUUCGUUCAAGAACAUCACUGCUCAUAGCUUAUGCUUCGAAAGGUGACAUGGUUUCGUUGCUUGAGAUAUUUCAUGAUAACAUUUGA